UGCACGUGUAAGAACGGCAGCGGUCCGUUACGUGUGGCGAACUACUCGAAUUCGUAUGGACUAGUAGUAUGGUCGUGUGGAUCGCAGUGUGUGAGGACAUUAGUCAUUCGUUUGCAUUUAAAUAACGUCUUAUCAACGUGGUGCUCAAUUACGUUGAUCAAUAUUGUAAUCGUUUCUAACGCUGAACAGACCCGGUACAGUCAAACGAACGGAAAUCGCACGCGCUGUCGGUCGGUCUCGCGUUCCAGGACACGUGUAACACUCGCUCUCGGACACACGGUGAACAGUUAUUUUUUUUUCUCUUGCGACGACCCAUUGUAACGAUUAAUACCGUUGCGCGACGUAAGUGUUGCAACGGUUCGGACUGAAAAUGUUGACUUUUAAAGCCGUGAUGGCGAACGUGUCGGUGGAGCCGGUGGCGUUCUUGUACUUCGUCACGAUGGUGUUCUCGGGGUACCUGAACACGAACCUCUUGCUGUACAAGGCGUGCGACCCGACUGGCGAGAUGGCCCAGCAUGUGGGAUCCAAGUGCCCUGACGAGGCCAAGGCGCAGCACGUGGUGGCGCCGAUCAACGGCUAUAAGCUGCUGGUGCAGCAGGUGGUGCCCAUCACACUGGUCAUGUUCGCGGGCACGUGGAGCGACCGGCACGGCCGUCGCCGCAGGCCUCUCGUGUUGUUGCCCAUCAUCGGCCAGAUACUUUCGGACGCGCUGUCGCUAUACUGCACCGUCCGGUGGUCGGUGUCCCCCGCGGUUACGGCCACCAUGCAGGCGGCCGCGAUAGCGUGCUCGGGCGGACCGGCGAUGCUGUUCAACGGCAUCAACUCGUACGUGGCCGACAAGACGGCCGAGGAAUGGCGUACGGUCAAAUAUGGCAUGAUCGGCGGCGUCAUAUCAGUGGGCUUCAUACUGGGAAUGCUCGUGUACGGCUCGGUCAUCGUCAACGUGGGCUUUGCGGCCGCGUACCAGAUCUCCAUAGGCCUAGGUCUGUUGUGCCUGGCGCUGGCGUUCGGUUUUAUGGACGACGCCGAGCUGACACCGUCCGACAACCUACCGCUGUACCGGGACGUAUUGCGCACCAUAAACCCCAUGGAAGUAUUGCGCAACUCUUACGGCGUGCUGACCAAACGGCGCCAAGGCAACGACACCGUCAUCCUGUGCAUCGUCGUGCUGUUAUGCGCUCCACUUACGUGCAUACCGCUGGAGGGAGAGAUGUCAGUUAUGUAUUUAUUUUUGAGGUAUAAAUUUCAAUGGAACGAAGAACAAUUUAGUGUUUUCAACGCUUAUCAGAUGACCGUUGUAUUAAUAGGUACAAUAUUUGCAUUAGGAAUUUUAAGCCACAAAUUUCGAAUGGACGAUGCAUUGAUUGGUACUAUCGCUGCAAUAUUUGAUUUACUUUGUGCUAUAGCUUUCUUUUUAGUUACUCAAUCAUGGCAACUAUACAUAG